CCGCGCCCGCAGCCUCGCCAGCCGUUCCCCGCGGCCGCUUCAGAGCCAGGGCCCCGGGCGGGGGGCUCGCAGGCGCGGGAUGGCGGAUUUCGAUGAGAUCUACGAGGAGGAAGAGGACGAGGAGCGGGCCCUGGAGGAGCAGCUGCUGAAGUACUCGCCAGACCCGGUGGUGGUCCGCGGCUCCGGUCACGUCACCGUAUUUGGACUGAGCAACAAAUUUGAGUCAGAAUUCCCAUCUUCAUUAACUGGAAAGGUAGCUCCUGAAGAAUUUAAAGCCAGCAUCAACAGAGUUAACAGCUGUCUCAGGAAGAAUCUUCCUGUGAAUGUACGGUGGUUGCUUUGUGGCUGCCUGUGCUGCUGCUGCACAUUAGGCUGCAGUAUGUGGCCAGUUAUUUGCCUCAGUAAAAGAACACGAAGAUCGAUCGAGAAGUUAUUAGAAUGGGAAAACAAUAGGUUAUACCACAAGCUGUGCUUGCACUGGAGACUGAGCAAAAGGAAAUGUGAAACGAACAACAUGAUGGAAUAUGUCAUCCUCAUAGAAUUUUUACCAAAGACACCGAUUUUUCGACCAGAUUAGCAUUUGCUUUAUUUAUAGAGACUUUGCAAGUGUGUUGUCUUUCCAAUGGUGCCUUGCUUGGUGCUCUCCUGCUGGUGACAUGAUGCUGGUUCUACAGAAUGGGGUGGUGUUUUUGUUUGUUUUGUUUUUUAAAUAACCGCAUGUUCUGUGUGUGCAUAUUUGUCAGACUUUGCAAGUUAUUUCAUACAGAUGUUUAAUACUUAAGUUAUUGUGCUUUUUCUGUUAUGUAUUCUGAUUUUCAAGGAUUACUUUUUGUAUUCUCAAAAAAAAUACAUUUGAACUUAGCAUAAAAAUGGCCAGACUUUGUUAUUUUGUCAAAAAGGUUCACACAACCCCUUAUUUAUCAAUUCCUUCACAAAGAAAAGCACACCUGUCAGCUCUGACAUGCUCUUGUACUUUCCUUUCUUACUUUUAGAAUUUGUCACAGUAGUUAUUUGAAAACAGUAAGUUUUCUCGCAUAGUCUUUUGGACCUGAGCUGACCUUUCUCACACAGUUCCUGAUGCUCUGUCUGUCUUGGCAGAUACACUUGAGCUUUAUGAAAAAGUAGCAGUGGUUUUGAAAAUAUCUCUUGUCCUCAAAAGUGAUAAAUUUCCUAGAAGAGACACAUCCCAAAUAGUGUGCCCACAGCAGCAGUUUCUAGGGCUCCGUGAGCUCACUGUAGAGUGCCCUCUGUCUUCAGAGUUCCAGUUGACAGGCAGGAUGGCAGCUGUGCUUGAUGAUGUUUGAAUUACCCCUUUUAAAAUUAAAAGUAAAAUGUGUUUCCCAUCUAACGUAAUUGUGGAAUGAAUGUGUUUCUGAAUAGUUUGGAAAUCAAAGUUCUAGAAUUAAAAAUUAUCUGAUAUAACACCGAUGUAUUGUUAUAUAGAGUAGAUAGUUACUAAGAAAUAAAGGGUAUGUUUAAUACUAUUUUCAAUCUACCCAUUCACUUUCAAUCCAGUUACAUAAUUUUGAUUGAAAAUUGGAUAUUUAAGUUCAGAUCAGAUUAACUUAUUACUUUUAAAUAUACACAUACAUGUAUUUUUUUGUUUGGUUGUACAUAUCUCCACACUAUAGAUUUUUGAAUGGCUUAUGUGUAGACUUUGGUUUUUUUUAUAAGCUUAAAAUUAUACACGUUUUAAUGUGUGUCAAGAACUUGUUCCAUAUAGUUGUGGUAUCGAGCAAUAAUGUGAAUAACUUUGAAAUUAUAUAAACUAUGUUUAAUAAUUUGUAUUAAGAAUUGGUACCACUACCUUCCUCCCUGUAUUAAACCUUUUAAAUACCAAUUUUGUUAAUUUAUAUACCUGUAUUUUUAAAAAGUGUUUCUUUGUACUUCCCUAAAGUACUGUGCUGCUAUAUAAAUUUGAAUAGCUAAUGCCAGUAUCUCAUAUCCUAUAUGGGACUUCAGGAAUUGUCUUUAAAACUUUGACUUUAGACAGUGUCCCAACGUGUGUCUCUCUCUCUCUCUCUCUCUCUCUCUCUCUCUCUCUCUCUCACACACACACACACACACACACACACGAACUUAACAUCAUGAAUUCAUAGAAAACUUCUCUGUGAAGCACUCAGAGUACAAAGGACUUAAAUGGUUCACCCCUUUAUCUAACCUUUGUUUAACCAGGGUAGGUAUGUCCUACCACCGUAAGUAGUACACUUCAAAGUAAUGCUGUUCCAGACUUCAGUGUUUUCUGUGUUUCAGUGUGAAAUGAUUGUGUAUUCAUCAUUGUGUAUUCACACAGUACUGAACUCACUCAGGCUUCAGAAAGAGCAGCAAACCAUGAUGACCGUGAGACUACACAACAGUGCUCCCUGUACACAGUUGUCAGUGUAGAAUGCCAUAGCUGUAGGCUGCAGAGGAAACUUUGACCUAGUUAAGAGGCCAUUUGUCUCCUAUUGAUCAGUUGCAGUUUCAAAACUGUAUUGUAAGACUAUCUUCACAACUAAUAUUAAGUAUAGGAUUUUAAAGGCUUUUACAACUGUAAUUAGAAAUGUGUUCCCUGCUGAAAAUGUGCACUCCCACACUUCAAAUGUACACAGAAAAGAACCCUGGUGCAUUGUAUGUGCAUUACCAUAAACCAAUCACACCUCAAGCAUUUAGAGUUUUCACUAAUGGCUUACAGUAUUAUUAUUUUUUAAAUCAUAUUUUUUAAAUUUAAGUACCCAUGUACUGGAAAUUAUAUGUCAGAGGCACCCUUGUUAUGUGAACAUCAAUCAGUUCAAGGAAAUACUUAAACUGAAGGUUGUUCCUCAGCUCCUGUUUUCUGAACUUAAGUUUGUAAGCCAUGAACCAUUGGUGCUUUUUAGACUGGCCAAGGAAGUAGAUUACUAUCAGAUAAUCCAAUGUAUAGAUUUGUAUAUAAGCCAAUAAAUUAACUAUGAUCUUUUUUGUACAUUAUUGGCUUUUUACAGGUAGUCACUAUUGCUACAUAGAAACUCUUUUCCCAGACAAUAUAUUUUACAAACUAUUACAUUUUACACACAUCUGUGAAUAUUUGGAUUAAAAUCACUACUCCAGAGUUCAGUAGCAGUGGUAAAACUGAUGUGACAUUUUUAGCUUUGAGGUCAAUGUUGCUGCCUUUUCUCAUGAAGGGGUCACUGUAUCUAUCUAAAUUACCAGCAGAUAUACCAAGAGUCUUUAAUGACUAGAUUCCAGUUCUUUAGACUAUCAUAAACUAUGUAAUUUUGCCUUAAAAUCCGUAAAAUAAAUUUAACAAAACCUUGGAUAAUAAUAAACCAUGAGUUCCACUAAUUACUAGAAUAAUUUUGUAUGUGAACAGUUUUCAGUCAGGAAGAACCACACCUUUCCCCAUAGCGUUUUCCUGAGGUUUGGGGAAUGUUUCUGAUUGCUCCUUGUAGACACAAGCUAGCUCUCCAGCUCUGGACAGUUUCCACUGUGGUCACGUGGAAGAUGCUCACUGGGGAUUGUGCAGUUGGAACCUCUAUUUGCACAAGUUCAAAUACGCCACUUUUUUAUAUUCUGUACAUAAUCAGACUGUUUUCAUGAUGAUUGGCUUCACAAUUUACCAGGUGAAAUUUAGCUGCAUGCCUGAAGCUUCAUUGUACAGAUUUACUUUGACUUGCUAUUGGUUACUAGUACUGAGUCAGAAGUAAAAUGUGUUUCAAAUUGUCUUUGACACUGCACCAGCAUCUAGUAGUGGGCCCUCUGUCCUUGUGCUGGUUCUGUCACCUCUGGCCUGGUGAUAACAGGCAGCACUCUGCCACUGAACUACAUUCCCAGUGGUCCAGCAUUACCACCUAGACCUGGGAGUAGUUCAGACCUGCCUUUUAUCUUCAUUUGUCAAAGAAACCAUUGAAAAUGUUAAUUCUUUCUCAUUCUUAUUUCCUUCUGUUUCGUUUUCAGAUAGUCUUAUGUAAUCCAGCCUAGUCUUCAACCCUCAGUCCCCUUCCGUAGCCUACAGUACCAAGAUCACAGGCUAAUUUUUCAUUAUUCUAAUAGUACUGAAAACAGAUUUCCAGAUGCUGAUCCUGUUUUGUUUUGAGAUAGGUUCUCAUGUAGUCCAGGCUGGCCUCAAAUCUGCUGUGAACUGAGGAUUACAGCAUUAGCUGUGGUGCCAGCAAGAUGCUCAUCUUGAUUUCAGGACAUUUCUGAUGUUGUACAAGGUCAUCAAAUUAUUUGGCCUCUUUAUUUUUGCUUUCAUUGUCAAAAGAAGAUGCUGUGACUACCUCA